GUACCCUGGAAUUUUUGCUCACCCAUAAUUUUCAGUCCUUAAGCAGUUGAGCAUAAUUCUACACUCCAUCUGUUCUUCUGCUGAAGUUGAAUGCAUAGUCAGACCAAAAGGGUGUUAAUGGUGUGCAUUUGCGCACCCACUAACCCCUGAAUUUCAAUCCAAUUCCAUUUUCAAAAUCAAUAAAGUCAUGAUCAUAUCUCACCCCCUAAUCCUACUUUCUCCCCAAAAUCUUCACACCCACUUUAAACCAACUGUUUUCCUACCUUCAACCUUUAAACCAUGGAAAUUGAGGCCCCACAAAAUUCAGUGUUCAACAGCAGUUAACAAUGACGGAGAAGCUUUUGAUUGGAAAAAAUGGGUGCCUAAAAGAAUUGAUUUUGGGCCUGAUAAAGUUCUUCAAUCAAUUGCUGGUGCAACCUCAAGUCCAAUUUGUCAGUUCAUUACUUCUCCUACAACUUUCUUGCAUUGUGUUGACUCUAGAAUUAAAUUGGUGUGGCUUAUAGUGUUAGUUUUCUUGCCAGCUCGCUCCCAUAUUUACAUGCGCUUUGGGAUUGUUCUUUCUCUUGCUCUUCUGUCCACUUGGAUACUCCCAACAGAUGUGUGGAAGGAUCAAUUGGGCAGAGUGACAUUGCUGUCCAUAAUUUUAUUUAUAGUGCUGGGACUGACUGCUGAUAGUGUUCUUCCCAGUGUCACUCAGAGGACUCCAAUGCCAUCUUUAACUGGACUUCCAAGUAUCCCUUCAUCAUUUAAAAACUAUACAUAUGUGCUUUUUAAGUUUGGACCUUUACAGAUGACAAGGAAAGGACUCUCGGUUGCAAGUACAUCUGCAUGCCUUACGUUCACUAUAUUACAAAGUGCUAGCCUCUGUUUGUCGACAACUCCCCCGGAGCAACUUGCAUCAGCGUUACGGUGGUUCCUUCUCCCUUUAGCUCAUAUUGGUGUUCCAGUGGAUGAAAUUGUUCUUACUUUGAUGCUUUCGUUAAGGUUCAUAAAUCUUAUUUUUGAUGAGGUCCGGAAUGUUGCUCUUGGAAUUCUCUCUCGUAGAAUUGAUUGGCAGGAUUUGACACUCCUGGAGAAAGUUGAUGUCUUCGUGAUGUAUAUCAGGCGGAUCUUUAAGAAUAUUUUUAGCCAUGCAGAGCAAAUAUCACAGGCCAUGAUUGUUCGAGGUUUUCGAGGUGAUAGCAAUCGUCACAAGAUACACUUCGAAAACUCAUCUUUUAUGAUGCCUAAUCUCAUCUCGUUAUUGGCUCUCUGUGGUGUUAUUGGUGCUACGAAGCUGUCAGGGUCCUUAUUGGUCUGAUGACCAGCAGCCUUAUUUAUUUUGGAAAUGCUAUUAUCAUCAGCAGACAACGUUCAGCACUCCUAGUUUCACCCAUAUAAACAGGCAAACCAGCUUUGUCUCCUGGAGUUUCUGGAUGAUGCUUUUGUUCUGUCAUCAGACUUGGAAAGGCUAACAAUUUACUGAGAUAAUUGAAGGAGUCAUCCUUGAAGAGCCAUCCUUGAGAUUCCGUGACAACAACAACUCCAACUACGAAAAUUCGAAGAAUUUCAAACUAACUGUAUUCUAACACAGAUUUGCUUCAGAGGCCUCUACCAGCCAUUUCUAGAAUUGGACUUAAAAUGUGCAGGAGUUUGUUUUGGUUAGUCUCACUGUCUAAGGCUCUUCGUCUUCCAUUUAAAUUAUUUGGCUGUCCAUCAAAGUCCAAAGCUAAGCAUGCAAGUGCAAAUGCAAAGUUUUAGCAUCGCCUCAUUUUUCAGCAUUAACAUACUUGUAAUGUCAAUUACUACUUUGAAGUUCAAUUAGCGCAUCAUUAUUGAUUUGUGCAUUUUUCAUUCA